AUGGCUUUGGAGCAUCGGCUUACCAAACAUUCCCUACACGAGCAGGGAAAGGAUAUGGUCUCAGGUUCAUCGCGUCCAAAAAAUCCAAAUGGUCUGCCAUACGAAGUCGCUGUCAAACCAGAGGACUUUCCAAUAAUCCCCGACCCCGGUGUCUUUAACUUUCCGACUGCAACAAAUGUCAACAAUAAGCCUUCAAGAAGACAGACUACCCCGGAUUUGGCCCUCCCCAUCGUUUCCGAGUGUGCAGCUCACCUCGAAUUCCUUGAGACGCUCUUCAUCUUGAGGCAGAAGAUCUUGGUUUCGAAAGAGUUGGAUGAUGUGAUGCGAACUAAUCCUGUGAGGGAGACUAAGACUGGCACUCAGGGGGACGAGAAGACAUUCAAGGAUGAGAAGCUCUGGGAACGACGACAGGCAAAGUGGCCGAAGUUCGUUGAGCUUGCUACAGUUCGAUUUCUUGCCUGGCGAGAACAUUUCAACAAAUCUUCGGAAAGAGAAGUCACACGAGACAAUCUUCCGCCUCUCGAUAUUCUCAUGGUCUGGCACUCGUUUCUUCUCAAUCCGCGACUAUUCUCCAACACAUGUUCAGAAGAACCUCUCUUCUCAGUCAAGUUUCCCUGGAAUCAUAUUCACAACGCUAUCGAUAACGCAGAAUGGGUUUUUGGGCUACCACCAGCUGCAGCAGCAAACUAUGAAGAAGCAUCUGGUUUUGCACCAAAUCUCUUCAACGAUAUUCUGUCAUGGAAAGACCUUACGCACUCCACGCUUGUCAACAUGUCGAACACCGGGUUGGGCGGCAUUGGCUAUAUGCCCGUCAUCUACGAGAGCCCAUGUAAAGAAUACUCACAGCUCUUUCGAGACUAUGACUCGGAAUUGGCGAAACAGCUCAGGGAUGCUGUUAUUCGCCAGGCGUCGUUUAUUGAUAAGAUGAAUUCCUUCAUGUGGGUACGCAGCCCUGCUCUUGAGGGAACAAUUCGGCGAGCUCUUGCGCGGUAUCAGAAUUUUUGUAAGCUUCUUAAGAUAUCUAAAACCACUGUUGUACCAACGCUAGAUAUUGAUCUGGUCUGGCAUACCCAUCAAUGCACGGCCAAACAUUACGGACAAGCAAUGAAGCUCCUGACAGGCAAGUUCGUCAACCAUGAUGAUACCAUUGAGAAGCCACAGUUGGGAGAUGGCUUUGGCGAGACGAGAAGACUGUAUCGAGUAUACUUUGGACAAGAAUAUCGUGCUUGCGGGUGCUGGGACUGUCAAGCUCUGUUGACAGAACUUGAAAGGGCUAUGGAGGACGGACAAGAUGUGGAUAUGGACAGGAUCACAGCAAAGGUUAAAGAAGAUGUGUUCUAUUAUAGGGCGGUGGAGUGGUCGAGGAGGCACAAGACGAGCUUGCCAAAACGGCCUGUCGCUAGGAACUCAUAA